GAGAGGAAGCAAUGUCCCCCUCUACUCACGCCGCCCCUGAUACGCGAGAGGGAGACUGAUGAUUGGACGUCCGGUGCUUAUCUUUAUAACCCUCCCCAGCAGACAUGCGAGUUGCGUGUCUGUGGCUGUCCCUCACCUAUUUGGUCCCCAGCCUCGACGGGUUGGGGGCACGGGAAUACAACAACUCAACCAUUUUCGGCGGGGGUCUAUUUGUGGAUGCAGAAGGACUGCUGAACCUGUCAGCUCCGUAUACGCCCAACCGGACAAAUGUCUUCUCGCUUGACCUGGACGAUGGCACGCUCGCGGACUGGCGCUCCAUGGCAGUUAAAAAUUGCUACGGUGGAGAGUCCCAUAACCGGACCGUGAAAUCCCUACUGGUCCUGGCUUACUCGUUCAUCAUUGUCAUCUCGCUGUUCGGAAACACGCUGGUGUGCCAUGUGGUGAUCAAGAACAAGCGGAUGCACUCCGCCACGAGUCUGUUCAUCAUUAACCUCGCAGUGGCAGACAUUCUUAUAACGCUGCUCAACAUGCCCUUUACUUUGGUCCGUUUUGUGAAUAGCAGCUGGUGGUUCGGGAAGGGAAUGUGCCACAUUAGCCGGUUCGUCCAGUAUUGCUCCCUGCACGUAUCCACACUCACGCUCACGGCAAUCGCGCUGGACAGACGCCAGGUCAUUCUCCACCCUCUGAGGCCCCGCAUGUCCCCGGCUCGUGGUGUUGUGUGUGUGAUUCUUAUCUGGGUCAUGGCCAGCUGCUUCUCCUUGCCUCAUGCCAUCUACCAGGAGCUCCUAACCUUCGUGUACAGUAAGGAAAAGGUGCGCAGCCUUUGUGUCCCCGACUUCCCCGAGCCCUCUGACGUCUAUUGGCAGUGCAUUGACCUCCUCACCUUCAUCCUCCUCUACGUCCUACCCCUCCUCAUCAUCACCGCCGCCUACUCAACCGUGGCACGCCGCCUGUGGCGCCGUAACGCUAUCGGGGACACCACCACUGCGCAGUUCGCUGUGCAGCGGCGGAAGCGGCGGCGCACCCUGGCUAUGUUGUUGGUGGUUGUUGGGGUGUUUGCGGUAUGCUGGUUCCCUCUGAACUGCUACGUGGUGCUUCUCUCCAGCCAGGCCAUUCAGUCAUCCAAUGCCUUGUAUUUCUGUUUUCAUUGGCUGGCGAUGAGCUCGACGUGUUACAAUCCCUUCAUCUACUGUUGUCUGAACCCCACCUUCCACCAGGAGCUUAGGCUGCUAUUGGGCAUGUGCCGGAAGAGGGGGCGUGGAGGGGUGGGGCCGGUGCUGGUGGCUCCACCCUCCUGCGCACUCUGCCACAGAGCCGCCUGGCCGGAGAGCCGCACCUGUUCUCGGCCGAGUCACGCCCCUUCACACCCGAGUCGUGCCUCCUCUCGGCCAAGCCACUCCUCGUCCUCUCACCAGCUUCCUAAAGACAGGCAUGUCCUUUUCUCUGCAAGACAUGCCAAUAAAACAGACAUCCUAUCAGUGGAGCCUAUAGUAGCUGUCAGUUAACUACAACUACCAGAAUGCACUUUGGUUGGGAUUGUGUGAAUGAUUGAGUUUAUUUGACAAUUAAAGACAUGUAAAAGUUACUGCAUUUGGUGGUGAGUCCUGUUGAAGGACUACGUUAUUAGCUAAAGACAGUUGGGGCUCUAGAACCAGAAAUGUAUUAUCUUUUAACAUUCAUGACAGCGCCACCUUCGGGAAGAAAGGUUUCACAUUGAUGGGAACAGGGUGUGAUGAGGUCUGGCAACAAAUGCAACACCCAAACGAACAACUACUCUGUUAGCACAUAUUGUGCAUACUGUACAUACUGAGUAUACAAAACAUUAAGGACACCCCCCCCCCCUUUUGCCCUCAGAACAGCCUCAAUUUGUCAGGGCAUGGACUCUACUAGGUGUCGAAAGCAUUCCACAGGGAUACUGGCCCGUGUAGACUCCAAUGCUUCCCACAGUUGUGUCAAGUAAGCUGUAUAUCCUUUCGGUGGUGGAACAUUCUUGAUACAGGUGGGAAACUGUUGAGCAUGAAAAACCCAGCAUCAUUGCAGUUCUUGAUACAAACCUGAGCACCUGCUACCGUACCCCGUUCAAAGGCACUUGUCUUUUGUCUUGCCCAUAUACCCUCUGAAUGGCACACAUACACAAUCCAUGUCUCAAUUGUCUCAAGGCAUAAAAAUCCUUCUUUAACCUGUCUCCUCCCCUUCAUCUACACCGAUUGAAGUGGAUUUAACAAGUGACAUCAAAAAGGGAUCAUAGCUUUCCCCUGGAUUCACCUGGUCAGUCUAUGCCAUGGAAAGAGCAGGUGUCCUUAAUGUUUUGUACACUCCGUGUAUAUUAGCAGAACAGUACUGUCGCGGUAUGGACAGUUCUGCUUUUCCUCGGGACCACGUUGCACCACAUCUGUUGUAGUUUCUUUUUGUAAACCUGCCUCUUCUUCUAUCUCUUUUCAUUCUGUCUCUGGCUAGUUCUUCUGUCUCGCUCUUCAACUAAUUCACAGAGAAUUAUAUCGAUCAUUGGAGUUUCACUGCUGCUGCCGGGGAGUUGCAGGAAGGAGAGGGGCUGACGGAGCUAGGAGUUCAAACGGAGUUUGAAGGAACAAUCUGUAACUUUCACUUCCAGUCGAAUGUGCUAUCCCUGCACUCUUGUAUACUGUGGCGGUGGGUCUCGCUUGGCAAAUGUAACCAAAGGUUACCCACAGAAUUGAAGUAAUUCUGUAGCAGGUUCUGUACAUUUGCCAAGAUCCACUCCUAAAGUUUACCACAAACAAGUGCAGGGGAAACACUUUUAACCUCUGACUGUAAAUGAAAGUAGCAGAUCGGACCUUUAACAAAUGAUUUAGUUCAGGUCCAUGGGAAAGAAGAAUGUUAUGGAGGUGGGGUGAAGAUUAUUUUGCUCCAGAUGUUUCCUCUCUACAUCUGCUGGCAGUCCCUGUGUAAGAUACAGGUUGAAACAUGGACAGCUGACUGCACAUGUGGUGGUAGCUAUUAGAGAUAUUCUCUUGUACUUUUGUGGCCCCCGAAAAUGUGAACCACGUCAUUGCGGUCUCUCGCUCUGCUGUGUGUGAUUCUUGCUAGCUGUCACUCAAAUGGCGAGGGGCUGAAGCUCAUUGGCCAAAAUUUGAAUUGCUCGGAGGCUGGCCCACCUGGGGGUAAAUGUAAGGAAAAUGCCACUGUACAGCUUCCUGAAAACAGUCCCUUUCAACCUAGGGAUUUUGUGGCUAAUUGACAUAAAAUAGUAAUUCUGCUCAUAGAUUAUUUAUGUACUGUAUGUAUGCAUAUUGACACAUCCAGCCCAAAGUGGGAGGUUAAAAAAAGACAAAUACUAGUUGCCAAAGUACCAGAGCAUAAAUAUGCAUUCAGUUGGAUAAAUAGAUGAAAGUUACAGACCAAACCUUUUAAUAACUGAUUGAGUUCAGGACUGUGCAAAAUAAGAAAGUGGUACACUAUACUUGACGGAAGGAACCCUAUAAGGCCUGGUCAAAAAUAGUGCACUAAAGGGGAAUAGGGUGCCAUUUGGGACCCUUCCUAUAAAUGAGAAGCCUACUGCUUGAAUGCUACGUUAUGCAUUAGCUUGUUGGAAAUUAGGCACUCGGUAACCUUGUCCGCAGGCACAAUUACAGAGGGAGCCGGCUGGUGGACAAGAUGAGGCCCUCAGAGUCAAAGGGUUCUGUGAUGCUGUUGGUGGUACUGUUAACCAGACCGUGGAUACAAUUGUAUUUGUUUUCUUUAAAACACUUUAUAUCCAUUUCAUUUAGCUGACCAAGAGCGCCAGGUGGGUGGGGUUUGCACUUUUGGGACUAUUCUGUUGUAGGGCAAGCUAAAAUCAAGCGCACUUAAAGUAUGUGAAAUAAAACAAGUUCCUCUUUCACCAAGACCUGAUGGUGAUUUGAACAUGUCUGUGUUAAUGUUUUGUUCUUAAUCCAUUUGAAUGGUGAGCAGACCAGGUGAAGAGUGUGAGCGUCUGUGACAUGAUGCUCACGUGUACAGACGACAAUGAUGGUGGUUUAAACCUGACAUUUGAACAUGCUUGUGUUGAUGUUUGGUUUCAUUAAAGUUGUUCUUGUUUUGAAUGUUGAUGCCAGGGUAUGAUGUUAGAUGGUGGUAACAGCAGGCAUGAGCAUCUGUAAUAUUAUGGUUUUGUGAUGUAAAUGUGAUGUGGGAUCUUAAUUGUGAAUUCUCCCUCUCUCUAUCUGUGCUUUCUGAGAUCCAUUGCCUUAACUCAUAGUGCACAUAAACACAGCAAAAAAAGAAAUGUACUCUCACUGUCAACUGCAUUUAUUUUCAGCAAAUUUAACAUGUGUAAAUAUGUGUAUGAACAUAACAAGAUUCAACAACUGAGACAUAAACUGAACAAGUUCCACAGACAUGUGACUAACAGAAAUGGAAUAAUGUGUCCCUGAACAAAGGGGGGUCAGUAUCUGGUGUGGCCACCAGCUGCAUUAAGUACUACAGGGCAUCUCCUCCUCGUGGACUGCACCAGAUUUGCCAGGUCUUGCUGUGAGAUGUUACCCCACUCUUCCACCAAGGCACCUGCAAGUUCCCGGACAUUUCUGGGGGGAAUGGCCCUAGCCCUCACCCUCUGAUCCAACAGGUCCCAGACGUGCUCAAAGGAUUGAAAGCCAGGCUCUUCGCUGACCAUGGCAGAACACUGACAUUCCUGUCUUGCAGGAAAUUACGCACAGAACGAGCAGUAUGGCUGGUGGCGUUGUCAUGCUGGAGGGUCAUGUCAGGAUGAUCCUGCAGGAAGGGUACCACAUGAGGGAGGAGGAUGUCUUCCCUAUAACGCACAGCAUUGAGAUUGCCUGCAAUGACAACAAGCUUAGUCCGAUGAUACUGUGACACACCGCCCCAGACCAUGACGGACCCUCCACCUCCAAAUCGAUCCGGCUCCAGAUUACAAGCCUCGGUGUUACGCUCAUUCCUUUGACAAUAAACUCGCAUCCGACCAUCACCCCUGGUGAGACAAAACCGCGACUCGUCAGUGAAGAGCACUUUUUACCAGUCAUGUCUGGUCCAGCGACGGUGGGUUUGUGCCCAUUGGCAAUGUUGAUGCUGGUGAUGUCUGGUGAGGACCUUCCUUACAACAGGCCUAUUAGCCCUCAGUCCAGCUUCUCUCAGCCUAUUGCGGAUAGUCAGCACUGAUGGAGGGAUCGUGCGUUCCUGAUGUAACUCAGGCAGUUGUUGCCAUCCUGUACCUGUCCUGCAGGUGUGAAGACCGUAUGUACCGAUCCUGUGCAAGUGUUGUCACACGUGGUCUGCCACUGGGAGGACGAUCAACUGUCCAUCCUGUCUCCCUGUAGCGCUGUCUAGGCGUCUCACUGCAUGGACAUUGCAAUUUAUUGCCCUGGCAACAUCUGCAGUCCUCAUGCCUCCUUGCAGCAUGCCUAAGGCACGUUCACGCAGAUGAGUAGGGACCCUGGGCAUCUUUCUUUUGGUGUUUUUCAGAGUCAGUAGAAAGGCCGCUUUAGUGUCCUAAGUUUUCAGAACUGUGACCUUAAUUGCCUACCGUCUGUAAGCUGUUAGUGUCUUCACGACCGUUCCACAGGUGCAUGUUCAUUAAUUGUUUAUGGUUCAAUAGGAAAGCAUGGUAAACCGUGUUUAAACCCUUUACAGUGAAGUUUUGGGAUUUUUACAAAUUAGCUUAGAAAGACAGGGCCCUGAGAAAGAGACGUUUCUUUUUGUUGUGCACAUGCCUUUCUCAUAACACUGCACUUUCCUUUUGAGAUAUUUAUCAAUUUGUUAACGAAUUAUGAUUACCCACCAAUGAUUGUGUUAUAGAUGUGUCUGUGUUUGUAAUAACAUCUAAGUGACUCAGAGUUUAAAAUGUAUAUUUUUUGCUUUACAUGGUCAGCCCUGCACCAGCCAGAUUGUGUGUGUGUGUGUGUGUGUGUGUGUGUGUGUGUGUGUGUGUGUGUGUGUGUGUGUGUGUGUGUGUGUGUGUGUGUGUGUGUGUGUGUGUGUGUGUGUGUGUGUGUGUGUGUGUGUGUGUGUGUGUCUGAGUGCGUGUGCGUCUGAGUGCGUGUGUGUGUGCUGAUGCUUGCAUCUGUGGGUCGGUAUUGCCAAAGGGCUUGAAUAAAGUUUCUGUUCUGGUCUAGCUCUUUAGUAGUGAAUUAUGAGGCUGAGAAAUUGGUCAAUAUGUUCAUUAUCCAACCCCCUUGUUGGUUUGAACUUUUUCUCUUUACAAAAGCCAUUAAAGUAUG